CUCUCUCCUCCUCACUGAACUGACACGACAAACCAGUCCGACCAGUCCGCAGCACAAAUGGCAGCAGACCGGACCGGGACGACGCUCGAGGAGAGUGCAGAGGUCCAUGCAUCAGAUCUGGGGCCGUUUGAGGACCUGGGGUGUAACAUCCCGAAGAGACAUGCCCGGGUCACCGUGAAGUACAACAGGAAGGAGCUACAGCGGCGGCUGGACGUGGAGAAGUGGAUCGAAGACAGUCUGGACCGGCUGUACGCGGGACAGGAGGGUGACAUGCCAGAAGAAGUGAACAUCGAUGAUUUGAUCGACCUGCCUAACGAUGAGGAGCGAGUCAAAAGGUUACAGGAGCUUCUUCGAAAGUGCAGUAACAGCACAGAGAUGUUCAUCAAAGAGCUGGUGGCGAAGCUUGAUGGAGUUCAGAAACAGGACGAGCUGCAGAGCGAAGGCAUCGAGCAUCCGGUCAUCUGCCACAGCCACUAUCGCCAUGAGCCCUACCACUUCAACAACCCACAUCAGCAGCACUUCCAGCACAAACAAGGCCAAAACCAGCCACUCUGAUGACCCAUGAGCACACACACCAACUGUUUGAUAUCAAAAUACAAAUUGUCGGUUAUGUUGGAUGAUGAAAGGCAAAAAUCAGUGAAGGAUUAGAUAUACCAUAUGAACUGCUCUUUGCAGAGACUUAGAUCAGUCCCACUCCUAUAACUGUCUAAUAUUAAGCUACAGCAGGCCUAGCAUGAAGACAGAAAUUGGGAACUAACUAGCCUGGCUCUGUCCAAAAGCCACAAAAUCCAUCCACCAGCAUGUCUGAAGCUUACUAAUUAAUAUUAAUUACCAUGUGGAGUCUCUACUGGUUGUCUGGCAACCUUAGAAUGGUGACAAGAUUCCAGGAAGUCACUGAUAAAGACAAAGAAAUAGCCUCACAUAUAUCCUGCUAUAAAACCAUAACAUGUCAUUCAUACACUUCAGUUUAUAAUUAAACAAAGGAGGCAUAACAUGUUUAUACAUAUCAACUCCUUCAGAUGCCCCCCUUUAUCAUCCAGUAGAAAAAUCUGUAAAAUCCAUAGUCUGUAGGACCCAUAAAUGACACCAAAUAUAUUACAUGUGAACACUUUGGGUUAACUUUAUUUAAAAAUCAUCAAAAGGGAUGUUUAAUUGUGUCAGUGUACAGCAAAAAAAUGAUGAACAGUCACAUCCUGAAUGUGAGACAUCAAGGUGGCCACAUACAGUGUCUGUGAAGCAAAGGAACAUUUAGAUCCACACUGUGCAGAGACAUAUUCAUCAGAGAGAGAAUCAGCCACAGAUGAUGUUUGUGCUUUCCAAGUGCUGAUGCCCUGACAAAUGUAAAAAGGGCUGAAGUUAAACUUUGCAACUUCGUAGCACAACACAAUCAGCCAAUGGCUGCAGCAAACCACCUGACUGAACUUUAACUAUGCCUGUGUAGACUUGUUUAAAUUCAGUAGGGUUUUAGGUACACAUCUGUCGGCAG